AUGAACGACGAACAUGUUGUCUCCAAGCAGAUCCAAAAGAUAGUCAGAUUCAUUCUACAGGAAGCCAAUGAGAAAGCUAACAAGCUCUUAAUCGAAGCCAACGAGGAAUCUAACAUUUUGAGACUGAAAUUAAUUGAAGAUGAAAAGCGCAAGAUUAGGGAAGAAUAUGAGCGCAAAGAAAAGCAAGUGGAAGUUCGUAAAAGAAUUGAAUACUCAAGGCUGCUGAAUGCUUCUCGAAUUAAAGUUCUUCAAGCACAAGAUGAUAUUGUGAAUGCCAUGAAGAAGUCUACCAGCAAGGAGCUUCUGCAUGUUUCAGAUGACAUUAAGACAUACAGCGAACUUCUCAAGGAUUUGAUUGUUCAAUGUCUGUUACGAUUGAAAGAGGCAUUAGUAUUGUUGAGGUGCAGAGAGGUUGACUGCAAGCUUGUUGAAUCUGUCUUAGAUGAAGCAAAGCAACAAUAUGCAGAGAAAGCCAAGGUUCAUCACCCGAAAGUGACGAUUGAUGAUCGCGUUUAUCUUCCACCACCUCCUACAGAUUCGAAUUUACAUGGUCCAUUCUGCUCUGGAGGUGUAGUGUUGGCUUCACAAGAUGGGAAGAUAGUCAAAGAAAACACAUUGGAUGCAAGAUUAGAACUUGCUUUCAUUCAGAAACUGCCUGAGAUACGGAAGCGGCUCUUUGGACAGUUUGGAGGAUGACUGCGUCGAUCAGAU